CCGGUGAGCUGGCGGGCAGUGGGCUGGAUGUGUAGUUUAGAGGAGUAAUGGCGGAGUCUGUAGAUGGAGAAAGCGUUGCGGCGGCCGGAGACAACAGAAUGGCGCUGCAGCAAGCCCUUCGUUUUCGAAGCCCCGCCCCUCCACCCGGUACAGUGAUGCGAGGUCCUCCACCGCUGCUGCGCCCCCCGCCGCCUCCCUUCGCCAUGAUGAGAGGACCUCCCCCACCCCCCAGACCUCCGUUUGGAAGACCUCCCUUUGAUCCUACUAUGCCACCUAUCCCACCGCCUGGUGCCAUGCCCCCACCAAUUGGGCCUCCACACUUGCAGAGGCCACCCUUCAUGCCACCUCCCAUUGGCAACAUGCCUCCCCCUCCCGGCAUGAUCUUCCCUCCCGGAAUGCCACCAGUGCCAGCUUCAGGAGCUCCUGGUACCCUGACCACUGAGGAGAUAUGGGUAGAGAACACCACCCCAGAGGGCAAGGUGUACUACUACAACGCCCGAACCCGUGAAUCAGCCUGGACCAAACCAGAGGGAGUGAAGAUCAUCCAGCAGUCAGAGCUCAACCCCAUGAUGUCCUCCCAGCCGGGGGCAGGAGCCUCCCCCGGCGGCCCGGCGUCUGCUGCCGUCAGUACUGCUGCUUCGGUGACUCCCGCCCAGCCUGCCUCCCCCACCCACACCCUCAGUGCCAGCCCUGAACCCAGCACCAGCCCCGUCCCUGCGGUGACCCAGCCCGUGCCCUCUCCUGUGAUAUCCGAGGUGCCCCCUGUGGUCUCCACUCCUCCUGCCACUGUGACUCCAGUCGCUGUGGUCAGUGUUCCCACAGUCACUGCCACCGUUACGGCCGUGCAGACCAUGCCAUUACUGCCCCAGAGCCUCCCGCCGGGCCUGCCUCACGCCGUGGCCCAGCCGCCCACCGCCAUCCCAGCCUUCUCCCCGGUCAUGGUGCCCCCAUUCAGAGUGCCUUUACCCGGCAUGCACAUCCCCCUGCCAGGUAUGCUGCCAGGUAUGGCCCCUCCAUUAGUGCCCAUGAUGCACCCACAGCUGACGAUCACCGCGGCGCCCUCCGCCCUGGCCGGAGUGAUCCCGCUCCCCGAAUGGACCGAGUACAAAACCGUGGACGGCAAGACUUACUACUACAACAGCCGCACGCAGGAAUCCACCUGGGAUAAACCGACCGAGCUGAAGGAGAAAGAUAAGGAUGGGGAGAGAGGACGAGAAGCCCAUUCAGCCAAUGAGGUGGAGGCUAUGGAGAUCGGAGACAUGGAACUGAAGGCUGAAGCAACCAUCCUGUCUAAAGAGGCGCCAAAGGAAGAGGAAAUGACUGAAGAGGAAAAAGCAGCGCAGAAGGCGAAACCAGUGGCCACCAAUCCCAUCCCUGGAACCCCCUGGUGUGUUGUGUGGACGGGGGAUGACCGCGUGUUCUUCUACAAUCCCACAACCCGUCAGUCCAUGUGGGAUCGUCCGGAUGAGCUGGUGGGUCGGGCGGACGUGGAUAAAUACAUCCAGGAGCCUCCACAUAAACGGGGUUUAGAGGACUCCAAGAAACUGGUGAUGGGCAUCAGCAGGGAGGAGCUUGAGCUAGCCGCAGAAGAAGCUCAAGAUGAUGAGCCUUCAAAGGCUAAGAAGAGAAAAAAGGAGGAGGUGAAGGAGGCGGACUCUGAGAAGGAGGCGGCGGUGGAGGCGGAGCUGAAGGCGGCUCGGGACCGGGCGGUGGUGCCGCUGGAGGCUCGCCUCAAUCAGUUCAAGGACAUGCUGCUGGAGAGAGGGGUUUCAGCCUUCUCCACAUGGGAUAAAGAGUUACACAAGAUCGUAUUUGAUCCACGAUAUUUACUCCUCAACCCCAAAGAGAGGAAGCAGGUGUUUGAUCAGUAUGUGAAGACUCGUGCUGAAGAAGAGAGGAAAGAGAAGAAGAAUAAACUGAUGCAGGCUAAAGACGACUUCAGAAAGAUGAUGGAGGACGCCAGGCUUAACCUGAGGACCACGUUCAGUGAGUUUGCCUCUAAACAUGCGAAGGAUCCUCGUUUCAAGGCCAUUGAGAAGAUGAAGGACAGAGAGGCCAUGUUUACAGAGUUUAUGACUGCGCUCAGGAAGAGGGACAAAGAAGAUUUCAAAACUAAAGGAGAGAAGGUAAAACAGGAUUUCUUUGACUUGCUGUCGGAUCAUCACGUGGAUAUCCAGCAGCGCUGGAGUAAAGUGAAGGAUAAGCUGGAGACGGAUCAGCGCUACAAGGCUGUGGAGAGUUCCGCAGCCCGAGAGGAGCUGUACCGACAGUACGCUGAAAAACAGGCCAAGAAUAUAGAUGUGGAGAAGGAGAAGGAGCUGGAGAGGCAGGCUCGUAUUGAGGCGAGUCUGCGAGAGCGAGAGCGCGAGGUUCAGAGAGCUCGAUCCGAACAGACCAAGGAGAUCGACCGCGAGCGAGAGCAGCACAAGCGAGAGGAGGCCAUCCAGCACUUCAAAGCCCUCAUGUCUGAUAUGGUGAGGUCGACUGAUGCCUCCUGGUCGGACGCGAGGCGUAACCUGCGUAAGGAUCACCGCUGGGAGUCGGCAGCUCUGCUGGAGCGGCAUGAGAAGGAGAAGCUGUUUGAGGAGCAUGUGGAAGCUCUCACCAAACGCAAGAAGGAGCAGUUCAGACAGCUGCUGGACGAGACCACCAUGAUCACACUGACCACCACGUGGAAGGAGGUGAAGAAGAUCAUUAAAGAUGAUCCUCGCUGCAUCAAAUUCUCCAGCAGUGAUCGGAAGAGACAGCGGGAGUUUGAGGACUAUAUAAAGGAUAAAUACAUCACGGCCAAAGCGGACUUCAGAACUCUGCUCAAAGAGACCAAGUUCAUCACAUACAGAUCCAGAAAGCUGAUUCUGGAGUCGGAUCAGCACCUGAAGGACAUUGAGAAGGUUCUACAGAACGAUAAACGGUACCUGGUUCUGGACUGCGUCCCUGAGGAACGCCGGAAGCUCACCAUGUUCUACAUCGAGGAUCUGGACCGCCGAGGACCCCCACCUCCCCCCACCGCCUCAGAACCGACCCGGCGCUCUACCAAGUGAUCUCUCCUCCUGGACGGUAUACAGUGCAGACUGCAGACGGUGUACAGUGAUGUUCUGGACCCGUGGAGAACCUGGAUCAUCUGCGUAUUUAUUCACAUCAAACCGUGUAAGACUACUAUCACCAUCCCUGCUGCUGCUGAGGGAGCGCUCAGAGAGACCGGAUCACAACCGUGUGGUAACACCGUCUACAGUUUCACUCAGCGUAGAGACGAGCGGUUAAACCAGCGGGUUCACGAUAACGCUGAAUCUGAAGGUACGUCAUGACUAGGCCUGUCACAGUAACGAUUUUUUUUAGUUUUGAGAGACAAUAUAUUGUCCAAAACAACUGUUGCUCAAUUAUUUUUAGUUUUAAGAUGCAUCAAUUUACGCCACUAACAAAUUAAAAACAGUUUAUUCACAAUGUACAGGGGUUGGAGAAUGAAACUGAAACACCUGGUUUUAGACCACAAUAAUUUAUUGUGGCAACUGGCUCCCGAACAUCCCUUUCAGACAGCUUCCUUACAGCGUCCACAGUUAAUCCUGUUGGAUGUGGUUGGUCCUUCUUGGUGGUAUGCUGACAUUACCCUGGAUACUGUGGCUCUUGAUGCAUCACAAAGACUUGCUGUCUUGGUCACAGAUGCUCCAGCAAGACGUGCACCAACAAUUUGUCCUCUUUUGAACUCUGGUAUGUCUCCCAUAAUGUUGUGUGCAUUGUAAUAUUUAGAGCAGAACUGUGCUCUUACCCUGCUAAUUGAACCUUCACACUCUGCUCUUACUGGUGCAAUGUGCAAUUAAUGAAGAUUGAACACCAGGCUGCUCCAAUUUAGCCAUGAAACCUAAAAUCCCACACUAAAAUGAUGACAGGUGUUUCAGCUUCACUGUCCAAACCCUGUAAAUACCCUAAAUGAUGCAAUCACACCCUUUUUAUUUUGUUGAAAGGACCGUGAAUGUAUUAUUAUUAUUAGUUUAGGAGAUGAUAUAUUUAAUGUUUUCUUUCACCACCAGCAGCAGUCUGAGCAAUCUGUGUAAGUAUGUAGAGUUGGUGUUACUGAUUGAUUGGAUGCAUUAGUCAGUAUUCAACACGAUUGUUUGUUUGUUUAAAAUACUUUACAAUUUUUUUUUUUGUUUUUUUCGUAUAUCAUCGCUGUUCAAUGCGAAACAAGCAUCUCCAAAACAGGUUUUACAACUUUACAGGAGAGAGACAAAAAUUUUUUAACUUUCAAUGAAAGCCAAUGGGAAAAAUAUAUAUAUAUUUUUUGUUUUCAGGUCAUUUUGAAGAGUUUCUAUUGGUCCGUUCAUCACGUAAUUUUGGCACAGUGUAAGAGACACUUUGUGGGUUCAAAUUAUGUAGUAAAAUAAAAAUCAGACAAAAAUGAAGAUGCUUGUUUUUUUUAUUGGACAUCGACCAUAUAUAUAAAAAUGAAACACCCAAGAAAUACGCCUAUGUACAAGAUUUACACUUGUGUAUUUUUCACGGUAAGUUAGGAAGUUAGUAAAGUUAUUAGUUAGUGUGACUGGUCUAGUCAUGACUGAUAUGUAUUAUGUGAGAUAAUGAGAUGAUCUGGAUUUAUUCCUGCUGUUUUGUGGCGGUAGGACCCGUACUGUGCAGCCAGUCGUUAGGAGUACGGUGGUGUUUGAUUCAUGUUUAAGUGUUUUGCUUUUUGAAGUGUUGCUGUUUCUGUACAAACUGACUGGAAAUAAAUGCAACCUCAGGCUUUGCUGUUUUUUA